CGAUAUUGUUUUCUCCGAAAUUAUCGGCCUGGCCCCUCCGAAGGUCCCAGUGACAAUGUCAGACCAAGUGAGAUGAGCGUCGACGCAUCCCAGAUUCAGGCGUGCGACCGCUGCCAUCGGCGCAAGACAAGGUGUGAUAAGACACGGCCGGAAUGCAGUCCUUGCAAGAAGUCAAGGUCGGCAUGUGUCUAUUCUGAGAGGGUCAAAGAGCCCACAUUUCCGCGAAGUCAUGUCCAGACUCUUGAGCGCCGGAUUCAGCAGCUUGAGGCGGCGAACAAGGCACUUACAUCGGCCAAUAAGGCCCAUCGAACGGUCGUCCACAGAGCGGCACGAGAUGGGGAAGAUCGAUCCAGCUCGCGGUCUUCUAUCGCCAGCGAUAACGAAGUUGCGAAUGAGGUGACCUUUCUUUCUACUAGUGUUGGCGGUGAUAGCCUUUUCCUAGGACCGACCAGUGGUAUCAUUCUUGCUAGUCUGGUGAGAGCCGGUGUCGCGGUCGAUGUCGAAAGAGAUGCACCAACCUCAUCUGUAUCUUCUGUGCCUCCUCACCGAAGUCCCGGAAGGACAGAUUGGGACACCGGGGAUCGUUCACUUCCGGCGGAACAGCUUGCUCGAAGUCUCAUCGAAGCAUAUCUGGCACACGAUCAUCUUAGCUACCCCUUUUUGCAUCCCCGGGCGGUAAGGGCCGUGGUGGACGGUAUCUAUAGCGAUGCGAGCUUUGAAAAGACGCACCCCUUUGAGAUGUUCAUGUUCCACAUGAUCUUGGCUAUCGCUACAUCUCAAGUAUACAAGUUCAACUGGAGAGUCUUGCCGGAUGCAGAAACGCAUCUUCAAAAGGCCACCGACUAUCUCAAUGCCGUGCUGUUCGAGGGCGGGCUACGGGCUUUGCAAGCCAUGCUACUGCUCUGCCAGUUCCGACUGAGCAAUUCUACAAAUCAUGCUUCUGAUAGUCUCUGGCACAUUGUUGGUAUUGCGGUGCGCAUGUGUUUCGAGCUCGGUUUACAUCGCGAGGCCACGUACCGGACGGCUGGCUCGAGACGUGAUACUGCCGAUGUAUCAUUUCUAUCACCCAAAUAUGAGGAAAACGAAGUUCGUCGAAGGUGUUUCUGGAGCGUUUAUGCUCUCGACAGAGUCAUAUCCGUUACAUUAGGGCGUCCGUUGGCUAUCUGUGUUGAAGAUAUCGACGUUGAACUCCCGACCGAUGACUUUGAAGAAACGGCGAGCGUGUCUACUCUGAGUCCGGGAAGUGACCGGGACUCUUCACAGAUUCCGUCAAGAUAUCGCACGGCUAUCUUUGUUCAUAUUGUACGCUAUCGUGAUAUAUGCGGCCGGUGCCUCACUUCACUGCAUCGCGGCGUCAAAGGCGGUAUUCAAUCUUCAGCAGACUUUUACCAGAAGCGUGAUCAGCUUGCCACCGAAUUGAACGCAUGGCGAGCAGAAACAAAUCGUCUCAAUACUCCGGAUAUGGACUUGUCGACUCCUCUUGCGGAAGCCCGAUCUAGCUUUCGAUCAAAAGCUUGGUAUGAGCUUCUGUACCACAAUGGCGUCCUCCUUCUCUACCGCCCGUCAGCUUUUACAGUCUCGGAUGGACGAGAUGGGUCUAAUUUACAACACGUCUUUUCAGCAGCAAGGCAGUCGAUUACACUCUACGCCUAUUUGUUCCGAUCGCGCAAGAUCAAUUUCUCUUGGAUGGUGCUUCAUGCAGUUUUCAUGGCCGGAAUAUCCUACAUAUAUGCCUUGAGUCGACAUUUUCGUGAAAAGAGGCGUCGUCGUAAUGGCGGAGAGGGCGAUGGCAAUCGAUUCCAGCUGCUUCAGGAGCCGACCAUUGUUGAGAUUGUCAACGACUGUCGAGCAUGUUCAAAUGUCAUUGUUGGCGUUUCCGAGAGGUGUAAUUCUCAAAAGAACUGUCAUGAAGUAUUCGACCGUCUCAGUGAUGCUCUCGUCGAGGACGCAGUAGAAGCACUUUCACAUACUCGCCAGUCCGGCUCCCUAACCGCUCGACAAGACAACCAUUCGGCUAUGUUAGCUAUACAAUCUUUAAGCCAAACUCCAAGUAAUGAUAUUAAUAUGCAAAAUAGUCUUGUUUCUGAGCCGACAUUGGCGGAAGUCGGACCUAACAACGGCGGAUACCACUCUCGGGAGACGGCUUUUACGGGACUUAAUGACAAUGGCUUACAAGAGGAUAGUGGAAGGCAGGCGUUCAGCCUCGGGACGCCUCUGGCAGCCGAUAAUGCUCUCCGAGACUGUUUACCUGAGCUUCAAAGGAUGUAUAAUAUGCCAUGGGGAGAUGAUGCUAUUUUGCAGCUCAGCAAUGACUGGUUGGGCGAAAUUGGAGGCUACGACAGAUUCAUGGGUAAUGAAUGGGACAUGAAUCAAUGAAUAUGUACAACAGCAUGCGAUUCGCAAAGGAACGUUGCAAAAUGGAGAUUCAGGUGUUUAAUAUUUAAUAUCUUAU